GGUUCCUACCUUGAGGGGCACCGUAUUUAAAUCAAGUCUCGAGACCCCAAGGAUUACCCCCAAGCAAUUCCCAUCUCUUUUCUACAGCCUACUGUUCUCUUGCAAACCACACACCUAUAACGAUGGCAACCCAAGUCCAGGUAGAAAAUGCCCUGCUAGUCAAGGCCCGCGCCAGCGGCAGCAAGGAAGACUGCAUGGCGCUCUACGACACCUGGGCGAUAUCCUACAACCAGGACCUCACCGAUGCCUCCCAGAGCUACGUCGCCCCGUUUACCGUCGCGCAAACCGCACUCCAAGUCAACACGAUCCCGAACGCGCGGAUUCUCGACGCCGGCUGCGGCACCGGCCUCGUCGGCGAGGGCCUCACCCGAGGCGCCGGCAAUGCAACAUCACUAAUCAUCGACGGCCUAGACUUAUCGCCUGCGAUGCUGAAGGUCGCCGCCAACACCGGGGUGUAUCACACUCUCACAAAAGCCGACCUGACCCAGCCGACCGCCCUACCCGCCGAGACCUACGACAUCGUGACCUGCGCCGGCACCUUCACCCACGGCCACGUGGGGCCGGACCCUGCGCUCCGCGAGUUUAUCCGCGUCCUUAAAACAGGCGGGCUGAUUGUGGCAACAAUCUUGGACGAGGUGUGGGUGUCGAUGGGGUUUGACACGGAGAUCGAGAGGCUGGUGGCCGAGGGCCUGGUGCGAGUAGUCAAUAUCGAGCUCACCGACUAUCGAAAGGGGUGGGACAAGGCGCGGUUGGUGGUAUUGCAGAAGACCGCGAUUGCUUGAUAUUUUGCCAAUGCGCCAAACCUGUAUCAGGAGUUUGCUCGAAUCAACACCCAACGCGACAUCGAACCGACUGACGACUUGGCCCUGGUGCGACAACCCCAAUGCGAUCUGCCUCCGUGUUAAACGUCCAUACGCAGCAGUCCUUUGCAGCCCUAACGCAGGUUGAUAUCUCCCCAGUGCGGCAUCUAUAGCUUUUCUAGUUCUC